ACAGAAAAAGCCCAAAAAACCGGGAGACAAACGCGGAAAGAGUGAGAAUAAAAAUAAAAGAAGAGGAGUCCCCGACUCUCCCACUGCUCUCCUCAUCAACCCUUGUUUUUCACUCAUUCUUCCUCUACCCAAAACAAACCUCUUCUCACUCCUCUCUCUCUCUCUCUCUCUCUCUCUCUCUAGACAGUGAGAAGAGGAUGGAGAUCACCUCCAGACCUCAAGAGAGAGAAAACCCAUCUCCCACAACCUCCCCAACCAGCAACAUAACAAACACAAGCAGCAGCAGCAACAACAACAAUGGAUUAUUAUUAUUCCACACUACUAGUCAAACCCAAACAACCACCCCUCCAUUAACGCCCAAACAACCCAUCUCCAGAUCCGAACAACCCAACAACAACAACAAUCCGUACCCGACUACCUUCGUCCAAGCCGACCCGAACACAUUCAAGCAAGUGGUCCAGAUGCUGACCGGAUCCCCAGACACCGCUAACCUCGCGUCCAAACACCCAGAUCCGCCCCAGUCGAGAAACCACAUACCCCCCAUCAAGAAACAGGGGUUCAAGCUCUACGAGAGGAGGAACAGCCACAACCUCAGGAACGGGCUGGUUAUAAGCCCGCUGGUCUCCGGAUCGGGUCACAACUCCGGGUUCUCGCCCCGGAGCAAGGAGAUCCUGUCCCCCAGCAUACUGAAUUUUCCGGGUCUGGUCCUCAGUCCGGUGACCCCGCUGGUGGAGUACCCGUCCAGCGAUUCUUCUUCGCCGUCGGUGGAGGAAGACAAGGCCAUUGCCGAGAAGGGGUUUUAUUUGCACCCGUCGCCGAGGGCUUCGGCGGGCGGGUCAGAGCCUCGGCUCCUGCCGCUGUUCCCGGUGACGUCGCCGAGGGUUUCUAACCAGACGGAGCCUUGAGUCCCGAUCAAUUGGGUCGGAACCCCAGCUUCUGCCGCUGUUUCUGGUGACGUCGCCGAGGGUUUCUAACCAAACAGAGCCUUGAGUCCGGAUCAAUUGGGUUCGGCUAGGAAUUUGAUAGUUUUGUGAUGUUGUAAUUGAGAUAAAGGGAGGGGAUUUAUGGGUGGUGGCGGGUUUGGAGAGAGAGGUAAGGAUCUUUGCUUCAAAUUGUACAAUUUGAUCUCUCUUCCAUUUUAUUGUGCCAGAAAGAUAACAAGAAAAUGGCUUUUUCGUUUUUGA